AUGCAACAGAGGAGCAAUCCGAAACGCAUCGAAAGGACACCUAAACGUUGCCAAGACCUCCGCCACCAGCCCGCGGCUCGAAUCCAAGCUACCCUCUUUGUCAAGCUUGCCUUGCAACUUUCUUAUACCUUACACCUCCGACAGAAGCCUCAAUCAUAUUUUGAAGCUUCUAAGAAAACAGCAAUCAUGUUGUUCAAAUCCAUCCUCCCAGCAGCAAUUGCGCUGCUCCCCGCACUCGCCGCCGCAUCGAAUGUUAUCGACCUCACCCCCGACAACUUCGACUCGGUCGUCCUGAAGUCUGGCAAGCCAGCUCUCGUCGAGUUUUUUGCUCCGUGGUGCGGUCACUGCAAGAACCUUGCCCCCGUCUACGAGGAGCUUGCCGACGCAUAUGCGUCGGCCUCCGACAAACUCGUAAUCGCCAAAGUCGAUGCCGACAACCACAAAAGUUUGGGCAAGAAGUUUGGUGUCUCGGGUUUCCCAACCCUGAAAUGGUUCGAUGGAAAGAGUGACAAGCCCAUUGACUAUGAGGGCGGACGCGAUCUGGAGAGCUUCACCAAAUACAUCCAAGAAAAAUCGGGUGUCAGGCCAAAGGUCAAGGCGAAGUUGCCGUCCAACAUUGCCAUGCUCGACAAUGCGAGCUUCAAGGAGAAGGUCGGAAAAGACCAGAAUGUCUUGGUAGCAUUCACUGCUCCUUGGUGCGGUCACUGCAAGAACCUCGCCCCCAUCUGGGAAGAUCUUGCCAACGUCUUCGUCAAUGAGCCCAAUGUUUUGGUCGCCAAGGUCGAUGCCGAAGCUGAGAACAGCAAGGCGCUUGCUGCCGAACAGAGCGUUACUUCAUACCCCACCAUCAAAUGGUUCCCGAAAGGCUCUACCCAGCCCCUUCCCUACGAUGGAGCCCGUACCAUCGGGGACUUUGUUGAAUUCCUCAACACCAAUGCCGGUACUCACCGCACCCCUGAUGGCGGUCUUGAUAUCACUGGUGGCACCAUUGAAGCUCUUGACACCCUUGUUGCCAAGUUCAACGGCGCCUGGGAAUCUGGCAAUGAGGAGGUCAAGAAGGCUGCUGAGGGCCUCAAGGACAAGUACGCACAGUACUAUGUCAAGGCUUUCGACAAGAGCAGCAAAAACGAGGGCUACGCCGCGAAGGAGUUCAAGAGACUCCAGGGUCUCAUCGCCAAGGGCAACCUCGCGCCUGAGAAGCUUGAUGAUUUGGCGAGCCGCAGCAACAUUCUGAGGAAGUUCUUGGGCAAGGAGGAAGAGAAGUCCGAAUUGUAG